AAUUUACUAUUUACGAUUGUCUCCUGAACACCUGUUAUACCAUUAGUAAAAAAACGGAUCCAUGACCGAUUGACCACGUUCUCGUCUUCCCCCAAAUCUAAAACCCUAAAUUCUCAAUUGCUCGUCACACUUCGUCACUCCACCAGCGACAAUCGCCGCAGAAACCUCUACGAAACUUGCUACAAUGGAGUUUUCAUCACAAGACGACGAUUUUGGAGGAGACGAUUCCGCUGCUAAUGCCACCAGGGCUUCAGGUAAUAGAAGAAGCUUCGGUGAUCUUGAAGACGAUGAAGAUGAUAUUUUCGGAUCAACAACGGUAGCGCCUGGUGUUAGAACUGGGAUGAUUUUGUCUCUCCGAGGAAGUCUUAAGAAUUGUAAAGAUGAUCUUGCUUCAUGUCAAAAUGAGCUCGAGUCAGCAAAAACAGAGAUUCAGAAGUGGAAGUCAGCGUUUCAGAAUGAGUCCUUUGUUCCCGCUGGAAAAUCUCCUGAACCAAGAUUUUUGAUUGAUUAUAUUCAAAACCUAAAAUCUUCUGAGAAAUCUUUGAAAGAACAGUUAGAAAUCGCAAAGAGAAAAGAAGCGUCAUGCAUUGUACAAUAUGCGAAACGGGAACAAGAAAUGGCAGAAUUGAAGUCAGCUGUUCGCGAUUUGAAAUCUCAACUCAAGCCAGCGUCAAUGCAGGCGAGGAGGUUGUUACUGGAUCCAGCAAUUCAUGAAGAAUUUUCACGUCUGAAGAAUCUAGUAGAGGAAAAAGACAAGAAGAUCAAGGAACUCCAGGACAACAUUGCAGCAGUUACUUUUACUCCUCAAAGCAAGAAUGGAAAGAUGCUUAUGGCAAAGUGCAGAACCCUGCAAGAGGAAAAUGAGGAGAUUGGGCACCAAGCUGCCGAAGGAAAGAUUCAUGAACUAGCAAUAAAGCUUGCAAUGCAGAAGUCUCAAAACGCGGAACUUAGAAGUCAAUUUGAAGGACUGUACAAACACAUGGAGGAAUUAACUAAUGAUGUUGAGAGAUCAAAUGAAACGGUGAUAAUAUUGCAAGAGAAACUGGAAGAGAAAGAGAAGGAGAUAGAGAGAGUAAAGAAAGGACUGGAAAUUGUGUCUGAGCUAGUAGGUGACAAGAAAGAUGAAGUUGAUGAAAUUGAUGAAGAUGCAAAAGAAGAAAUUGCUGGUGGAGAAUAGGAAUUUGUAGCUUUCAAAAAAUGUUUUGUACAUUUUGAAGUUCAAAAUCACAUUUCUUCAUUCGUUAUCUGUUUCAUGAAACAGAAAGUUCUAAUCUUCAUCUUCUAUUAAUAUGUUUUAAUUCGCACCAUUGGUGUUUCGAUAUCGAUAUGUGGCUUCCCGAUAUAACUCGUGAAGAAUUUGAACU